UGCCAAUCGCAAUGGAAGAAGAAAUUGCUGCACUCGUCAUUGACAAUGGCUCCGGCAUGUGCAAAGCUGGCUUUGCUGGUGACGAUGCCCCCAGGGCCGUGUUUCCUUCGAUUGUUGGGUGCCCCCGACACCAGGGCGUCAUGGUGGGCAUGGGCCAGAAAGACUCCUAUGUGGAUGACGAGGCCCAGAGCAAGAGAGGUAUCCUGACCCUGAAGUAUCCUAUCGAGCACGGCAUUGUCACCAACUGGGAUGACAUGGAGAAGAUCUGGCAUCACACUUUCUACAAUGAACUGCGUGUGGCCCCUAAGGAGCACACGGUGCUUCUGACAGAGGCACCCCUGAACCCCAAAGCUAACAGAGAGAAGAUGACGCAGAUAAUGUUUGAGACCUUCAACACCCCAGCCAUGUACGUGGCCAUUCAGGCAGUGCUGUCCCUGUAUGCAUCUGGGCGCACCACUGGCAUUGUCAUGGACUCUGGUGACGAGGUCACACACACUGUGACCAUCUAUGAGGGCUUUGCCCUGCCCCACGCCAUCUUGCAUCUGGACCUGGCUGGCCGGGACCUGACAGACUACCUCAUGAAGAUCCUGACUGAGAGGGGCUAUAGCUUCACCACCACGGCUGAGCGAGAAAUUGUGCGCGACAUUAAGGAGAAGCUGUGCUACGUUGCCCUGGAUUUUGAACAAGAAAUGGCUACUGCUGCAUCGUCCUCUUCCUUGGGGAAGAACUAGGAGCUGCCUGAUGAGCAGGUGAUUACCAUCGGCAAUGAGCACUUCUGGCGUCCAGAGGCACUCUUCCAGCCUUCCUUCCUGGGCAUUGAGUUCUGUGGCAUUCACGAGACCACCUUCAACUCUAUCAUGAAGUGUGAUGUGGACAUCCCCAAGGACCUGUAUGGCAACACAGUGCUGUCUGGUGGAACCACCAUGUAUCCAGGCAUUGCUGACAGGAUGCAGAAGGAGAUCAUGGCCCUAGCACCCAGCACAAUGAAGAUUAAGAUCAUUGCUCCCCCUGAGCGCAAGUACUCAGUCUGGAUUGGCGGCUCCAUUCUGGCCUCACUGUCCACCUUCCAGCAGAUGUGGAUCAGCAAGCAGGAGUAUGACGAGUUGGGCCCCUCCAUCGUCCACCGCAAAUGCUUCUAGAUGGACUGAGCAGGUGCCAGGCAUCUGCUGCAUGAGCUAAUUCUGAAGUAUCAAUUUUGCCCUGGCAAAUGUACACGCCUUAUGCUAGCCUCAUGAAACUGGAAUAAGCCUUUGAAAAGAAAUUUGUCCGUGAAGCUUGUAUCCAAUAUCAGCACUGGAUCGUAGAACUUGUUGUUGAUUUUUGACCUUGUAUUCAAGUUAACUGUUCCCUUGGUAUAUAUUUAAUACCCUGUGCACAUCUUGAUUUAGUCCUUAGUCAUGUGGCUCGGUCACUUGAUGGCUGGGGAGAGCACAGCUGUGGAGGAGAACCCCAGCCUGGUGGAUCUGUGAAUCACCAUGCAGUGAUCUGUGCAGGGUAUUAAAACCAACAGCU